AUAUUACUCCACAUGCUCUUCUCUUACAAUCUCUCUUCUUCUUCCUUUCCCUCUCUAAAGUAACGAAAGAAAAAAAAUUUCACUAUAAACUAGCAUAAUAUAUUCUUCUCUCUUCAUAGUUCAUUCAUCUAAAAUUUCUUUUAAAUUUUGCAUGCUUUUAAGAACAGAACCCCUUUUGUCCUUGUAGUCAAAAGAACAACAACAAAUAUAUACACAAAAUAAUACCAAAAGUUUUUGAUAUCUUAAUCUUUAAUGGGUUUUUCUUCUAAUGGUUAAUCAAGUUUGAUUCUUCUUCUUCUUUUUAUCUUUUUGGAGUUUUGUUGAUUUUAUUAAAGGAGUUUGAAAGUGUUUUUGAGUUUUUCUUCUUAAACAAAUGGCACCAGAUAACAACAAUUGGUUAUCAUUUUCUUUGUCUUCAAUGGAAAUGUUAAACAACUCUUCUCCUAGUUCUGCUCAUCAUCAUCAUCAUCAUCAAUCUAACAACAUGAAACUUUCUUCCAACUUUGAUCUUGGUUCUUCUUCUGCUGAUUCUCAUCAGUAUUAUUUUGCUGAUAACUUCUUUCCUCAUGGUUGGUCUAACCAAAAAUUGCAAGUUAUGUAUCCAGACGUCGAGAAAGAAGCUAUGAGAAUAAAUAUCAAUGGCGAUUCAUCGUCGCUUUUUCAGAACUUUGUGGAUUCACAAAUCCACCAACAAGUUCCACCGAAGCUCGAGGAUUUCCUCGGUGGGGACUCGUCGUCCUUGACGCAGGAUUCGUCUUCGUUAACUCAUAUGUACAACUACAAUGAUCCUCAUAGUCAUCAUCAUCAAGAUUUCAAAUCUUUGACGGGGUUCCAAGCCUUUUCGACGAAUUCAGGUUCUGAAGUUGAGAACUCAGUUGGUACUGAGUUCGGUACGAAUGAGUCGUGUAAUGAGUUGGGUUAUACAACGUGUGUGGCUCCGCCUCCGCCACUUGCUCCUGCUCCUGUACCUGCUGCAUCUACCGGAGCGUUGUCGUUAGCGGUUAAUGCUACGACAAAUCAUUGCCCGGAAAAGGAAAAAGCCAUUGUUGCUGUUGUUGAUGAAAGUUGCAAGAAAAUUUCUGAUACUUUUGGUCAAAGAACUUCCAUUUACAGAGGUGUAACAAGACAUAGAUGGACAGGAAGAUAUGAAGCUCAUCUAUGGGAUAACAGCUGUAGAAGAGAAGGCCAAGCAAGAAAAGGACGUCAAGUGUACUUGGGUGGAUAUGACAAAGAAGAUAAAGCAGCAAGGGCAUAUGACUUGGCAGCUCUGAAGUACUGGGGUCCCACAGCUACCACCAACUUUCCUGUUGCCAAUUAUGCUAAAGAAGUGGAGGAAAUGAAACACAUGACUAAGCAAGAAUUCAUUGCCUCUCUAAGAAGGAAAAGUAGCGGUUUCUCCCGAGGAGCUUCGAUAUACCGGGGUGUGACAAGGCAUCAUCAACAAGGCCGUUGGCAAGCAAGAAUUGGCCGGGUUGCUGGAAACAAGGAUCUUUACCUUGGAACAUUUGCUACCGAGGAGGAAGCAGCAGAAGCGUACGACAUAGCAGCAAUAAAGUUCAGGGGAGUGAAUGCAGUGACCAAUUUCGAGAUGAAUCGUUAUGAUGUUGAGGCCAUCAUGAAAAGCUCCCUCCCAGUUGGUGGAACCGCUAAGCGCUUGAAGCUCUCCCUUGAAUCCGAGCAGAAAUCAUCGCCGAGCAACCAGCAGUUGACUCAAUGCAACAGCAGCAGCAGCAACACCAGCAGUAGCAACAACAUCAAUUUCGGUGCAGUGCCACCGGUCUCUGCUAUCCCUUGUGGUGUGCCAUUCGACACAGCCACCCCUGCUUACUAUCACCACAACUUCUUCCCGUACCUCCACCCCGGCAAUGCAGGUGUGCCCGAUACAUCCGGUGCUGUGACUGCAAUGCCGCUGCUUUCCUCGGCUGCUGAUCUCUAUAUCUGGCCUCACCAAUCCUAUUGACCGACUUCAACCUCAACCUCGACCUCAAAACAGAUAUAGCUAGCUAGCUAGUUUAACUAAUUAGCGAUAUCCAACUCUGCUAAUAUGUUAAAUCGUCGUUUAUUAUUUUCAUGCUGACCUUUCUUUCUGACCCUUGAUAGCAUAUUAGCGUAGCGCUUAACCGGUGUUUCCGGGGUUCAAUGUUGUAAAGUACCUGCAAGUCUUGAGACUUUAAUAGUAGUAUAAGGUUAGCUAGAUGCAAUGUUGAUCAAAGGGUGCUUAGGGAGCACUCAUUGUGGAAAAAUUUUGGUUUUUCUUUUUC